GGUGCCGGCAGCGGGAGGGAGGAGGGAGCCCGGCGCGCCCCGCCGCGGCGGGGACUUGGCCGGGGCGGCCGGUGACAUCACGCGCUGGAGCUGCUGCAGAGGGAGGCGGAAAAUGGCUGCUGCGAGGUACCGGGGGAGAACCGGGGACCCCCGCGGGGAGAGCGGCCGUGCCCCCCCCCCCCCCCCACGCGGAGGGCAGCGACCGCGGGGGCGGCGGGUCCGUAGCGGUUCCCCGGGCGGGCGGACCCUGCAACCGCGGCGGGUUUCGCUGUGGCGGGGGGAAAGGAUUGGGCACUGCCAGCGGGAGGCAUCGCGGCGAGGGGAUGAGGGGCCCCGCGCCGCGCUGACCCGCGCUUCGGGUGCCGGGAUUUCGGCGGCAGCUGCCGGCGGGAGAGACGGGGCAGCGGCCCGGGGCGCAGCACCGCACCAGCUCUCGUCUGGCUCUUACGCCUUAAGGCGCAGAGCGUGGACGGUGCUCGCGCGGCGGGCGGUGUGGAACUGCACGCUCGCCGAGACGCUCCCCCACGUGGAAAGCCGCGGAGGAGGUGGCCGGUGCCGGGGCUUGGGGCGGCGGGAGCCGCUCCGGAGCGAUAACCAUCGCCAGAGCCUCGGACUGCAGCGAACCGCAACGUGCUGCAGCAGAUGUCACCCCCGGGUUCCCUCCAGCGCCCGGCCGGCGCUGGGGCACCGCGCCUCGCGUCAAAGCUCUGGCCGGGGCGCGUUGCUGAUGCAGAUAAUGGCAGGAGUUCAUCUCUGUGGCUAUUGCUGCCUCUGGAGCUGUUACUCUGAGGAUACUCAGUACUUUCGAACGCUGUUUCAGAGGUCUUUCGAAAUGCACAUCUAAACUCCCUCAUUCUACUAGGCACCCAAAAAAAAAAAAAAAAAGCCACGCGCUAAAAAUAUAUCCAGGUACUGUUUCGCAAUAUUGGGUUUGCUUGUGUUACUGAGGGAGAAGUUAGGUUAAUUCGAGACGAAAUUCAUACUCUUUUCAUGCAUCUUUGAUGUGAGCACAUAAAUCCGAGGAACGUUUCCGAAACUUUGUAGAAAUAACUAGAAUCUCUGUGUGAACAUCGGAAUAACAUUGAAAUGUUACCACUUUGUAUGACUGCCAUAAAACUAUAGAAAAGCAGAUGUGCAAUUUUAGAUUAAACUACAAAAUACACAAGCUGGAAGGGCAGAGAGGGAAGCAUAUAUGUGGUAGCUGAAAUAAGAACAGGAAAAGCGAUCUCGAGAAUACUAAAAUUAAUUUAUCAUUGAGCUAAUAACAUUGUAGAACUUUACUGUACCCUUAACGUUAGGAAAAUCCACUCUCAUUGAAAGAUUCUUUUGAUACCAGGCUGGGGGGCCAUGUAAAGAAUGAAAAAAAAAAAAAAUGUUGGCUUUUAAAUCCAUAAUAUUUUAUUCUAUGAAUGUUGUAUCGUUUCACGCUAUAUGCCAACAUAGUAAGCCAAAAUAGUCAGUCAUACUGCUUUGUAAAAUGGAAAGUUGCUACACUGCAGCCUUUGAUUUGAAGCUUUCCCUCCCUGCCUAUGAACUGAUAAAUGCUAUAAGGUUGUGUUGCAUCACGUGGUACAAUAUUGAAAUCUUUCCUAAUACCGCAGUACACUGCAGUAAAAUGGUUUUAAUGCAGAUUACCUGGAGAUUAUUCAAACGGUUCAUGUUGCUUCCCUGUAACGUGAAGCUAAUCAGUGGGAUCCCCCCGGCAACGCGCUGCCCUGCUGCAGUGCUUCGCUGCAGUAUCUUGCAGGAGCAGGAAACUUUUCGACACCUUUCGCUCUGCACUGAUUUCUGGUUUCAGAAUGGGAUGGUAGAGGAAAUGUAGCACAGCAGUGACUGCACGAAUUUUUUUCAGGGAACUUUUCAUAAAUCUUAAGGAUGAUAAACAGAGAAGAGAAAAGGAAUGAAGAGAGAAGGUUAAAACAAAACCUCUCAGCUGAGAUUUGACCUCAGAAGGAGAAUCCCAGAGGUGAAGCUAUUUCAGAGAAGAGGAAGUAAAAGAAGGCAGUGUCUGUGUGACAAGAAAACCAUUUAACAAUGAAAAAAUUCACCCUAUUUGAUUUUGUAAAUGAUAAUUCACUACAAAUUGGAGAGACUUCUUGGAUACAGGACCUUCCCAGUGAUGACAAUGAACUAGAAAGACUUCUGAAACCAAAUGAGCACGUGCUAGUAAACUGGCCUGUGGGAGAAAGAAAGACAGAAAAGCACCUGGUGAAAGUUGUGUACAUGAGUGAUGACCCCCAAGAGCUGGUAGAAAUGAUGCAAAAGAUAUUACGAGCAGAUGAAAUUACAAAAAUACAAGUCCUUGGAAAAGGCAAGAGGAAGAGGAUAGAAAUGAUAUUCUCAGAAAGUGAGGACAGUGACCUGAAUAAAGAACAGGGGAAGAUGAUGAAACAUAUAAAAAGAAAGAAAUCAUUGCAGGCUUCUGCUCCUGCCACCAUCCUGAGUCAACUUGAAACAUCUUUAAUUAACAAACAGAGAGAACCGUAUUCAGGAAGCAACUUUCUGUACAGUGAAAGUAGCAGUGAUGAUGAAGAGCCUUUAUUUCAACUAUCCAAGGUAGAACUGUGUGCCAAAAUAAAAAGUCUCAAGAGGAGGCUGACAGAUACCAUGAGAGAAAACUGCCGCCUAAGGCAGUCCCUGGUGAUGCUUCAAGUGUUGCCACAGGCAGUCACCCAUUUUGAGGAACUGGUAGGGAUGGCUGAAGCACUGCUCAAAGGGGGAGUGACAUCAUCUACGUCCAGUCUGCAUUCACAUGCUGUUUGGAAAGCAUCUAACAAUCCAUUAGCAGAUUCAUAUGCAGCUAUGCAUAGUAACUCCAGCUCACCAAUAACUUUGAAUGUGGAAGAUGAGGAGCAACAGACUGAAAAACAGUUCAAGAUCGAAAAGUGGCAGAUUGCACUUUGUAACAAGAGCAAACCUCAAAAGUUUAUAAAUGACUUGAUGCAAGCACUUUAUACACAUGAAUACAUGGCUACACACAGCCUCACAGGUGCAAAGUCCUCCUCUUCAAAGGAUAAAGCGGCAAAACCAGCUAUGAAUCAGAAUGAAGUUCAGGAAAUCAUAGGAAUCACAAAACAGUUGUUUCCAAACACAGAUGAUGCUUUAAUUAGGCGAAUGAUGGGACAAAAACUGAACAAUUGCACCAAGAAGCCAAUUUUAAGCAAAGAUCUUAACUCAGGUGCUUUUCAGAAGCAUAGUUUUUGUGGUUCAACAGCUGCUUCUCAGGGCAUCAUCUCUUCAGCCGUUCCUCCCAGUACACAAGACCAGCAGAAUGAUGAUUCACCAGCUGCUAAUGAACAAAUUCAGCAAAGUGACAGCCAUCUGACUCCUCCACCUCCCACCCCACAAGGUCAACAGGAAUGUUCCAAGCCUACUUCUUCUAAGAUGGAGUUUCAUCUCACCAGAAGCUCACUGGCACCCUCUCCCACCCAGGGUUGUGGACAGGAUCUCAGGAAUUCAGACAAGGAAUAACAGAAGGUAUUUCAUACCAGUUCAAAUUCUCAAUGGAGAUAAAGAAGUAGCAUAAAAAAAAAAAAAAAAAAAAAUCGAAAAAUGGGCCUAGCAACAGCGGACAGAGAUACUGCAAU